AUGGUUGGCCGGCUUACUAUCACCCUUGUGUCGGAGAACCGCGUCAAGGCUCACGACAAGGGCGACAGCGUACUUCAAUGGCUCAACAAGUUCUUCGCCACGGGCCAGAUCCUGACCGCGCCGUACCUGGGCCAGACGGCGGACGGGCUGACGCGAGUCAACUCGAUGGGGGACGAUGAGGGCGGCGCCCGCUCGCUGACGACGAUGGACCCUAUGGACAAAGGAGUCGUUCGCAGUGUGAUUGGUGCUGUGAACAACCGGCUUGCCGAGACCGGGCUCGUCGACGAAGGCAACUACGCAAAGACGGCCGAGGUCAUGCGUCGCGACGUUGUCGCGGGCCACAUCCAGAAGUACGUGCUCGAAAAGACUGGGCACCGCCUGCAGCUCUGGACCUCCUCCAAGGAGUUUUACAGCGGGAUGGAGGACGCGGGCUACUGCUGGCAGGGGUUGCGAGCGACGGGCAGCGGGACUCUGCCCGUCGGACUCAUCGACGGCAAGCACCUCUUUGUCCUCAUCUACGAGGCGUGGUGCAGGCGGCUCAAGGACUUUGAGUCUGCCAUGCAGGGCGCUGAGGCGCCUCCCUACCUGACGACGCCUGCCGACGCACUCUGCCUGACGACGCCGCCGCAGCCGAAGCGGCAGCGCGUGGUGGAGCAGGCCGGCGGCAGCAGCCGCAUCUCCGGCGGCGGCAACAGCAGCUCCGGCGGCGGCAGCAGCUCCGGCGGCAGCGGCCGCUCGUUUGCGACCAGGGAAUCGAUCCUCGGCCGCGAGGCGGCGGCGACCGGCGAGCUGAGGGCAGCCGAGGCGGCGUCUGACGCUGCCGUCCGCCGGCAGCGCGAACUCGAACGCGCCGCGAGCACUGCCUUUGACUUGUUGAGCGAAGCCGGAAAGGCGGCGGCCGCAGCGCUGGACGCGUUGGAGACAGCUCACGUCAAAUACGGUGCGGCGAAGACAGCGCAUGACCAAGCGAUGGCGGCGGUGGAGGCUCAAGCUGCGGCGGUUGCGGCGUGCAACGUUGCAAUGAUCGAGAGGCGGGCGGAGUGGUCUGGCAUCAAGCUGGAGCUGCAGGACUUCGAGGGGCAAAGCCUGCUGGACCUCCGGAAGCAGUUUGGCGAGGCUUACGCGCGGCAGGAUUGGGUGGAGGGCGCAAAGAUUCAGGCGGUAAUCAAGGAGCUGGAGGCGGUGCAAGUGGUGGGCGACGCUGCCAUGUCGGAGAGGGCGGCGACCGAGGCGAAGGAAAAAAGCGAGCUGCUGGCCGAGUACGUGGCCGCAAGAGACAGUGAGACGAUCGACUGCAACAAGCUGAAGCUGCUCGCGGACAAGUGGGCUAGCCGUUUUGAGACGUCCAUCCAGGAGGAGGCGCCCCCCCCCACGCGGCACUUCUGA